AUGGAUCAUCUGAUGUAUUCCAACCCAAAAUUGCUUGAUUGCUGCAAUUGUUCUCAGCCCUUAACUAUUCCCGUCUUUCAGUGUGAUAAUGGUCAUAUUUUUUGCUCUACCUGCUAUCCUAAACUUGGGAACAAGCGUCACAAGUGCUCGUUGCGUAUUAGCUCAAAACGUUGUAAAGCCAUUGAGAAUCUAUUGCUAUCUAUUGAAAUGUCAUGUCCGAAUGUAAAUCAUGGUUGCAAUGAGAAAAUAAGUUGCAUUGGAAAGAGGAAGCAUGAAGAAGAAUGCAUCCAUGUGCCAUGUUGCUGCCCUGUUUCAAGCUGUGACUUUGUUGCAUCAUCAGAAGUGUUGUCUAAGCAUUUCAGCGAUAAACACGGGGAUUCUCAUAUCAAAUUUUCUUAUGGUCACUCCUUAAUUGUCUACAUCAAGUCUAAUGAUGAAACCAUUGUUUUUCAAGAGGAAACUUAUGGCAAACUAUUUAUUCUCUAUAAUAGAGCUACACUUUUGGGAAAUGCUAUCAAUAUUUGCUGUAUUGGUCCAAACUCUUUCGAGUCUGAAUAUAGAUAUUAUAUAUUGGCUAGGUCUCAGAUGUGCAAACUGAAAUUGCAGUCUUUUGCAAAGGAUGUUCAACGUGUUGCGUUCGCAACUCCUUCCUCAGAGUUCCUUUUGAUUCCAUUUGGUUCUUCUUUUAUAGUAAUUCUCACAGAUAGGUGCAGUGACUCCUGCAGUAGAGUUUGA